UGAUGAUUUUUCAAUCUAGUUACUUUUAUCAAAAAUUCGGAAUUUUAUCAACUUUCUUUGAGAAACUUAAAACAGUUUUCUAAAAUGGGUGACAAUGCCCUGGAAUCGAUUCUUAUAGAGAGGGAUCGUGCGCUUUCUAUUGAGGAAACAGAUCAUAUAGAGAAGGAUCCUGUAGAGGUGAACCUCCCACUUUUACAAGAGGAAACAGGUCUUCAAAAGAAAGCUCAAUCUGUUAUAGAUGUUAAGGAUACCUCGAAGGACAAAGCGGAGACCCUGAAGCAGUUUACAUUUUGUAUCUUCGAAGAUGAAUCGCAGCUAAAGGAGCUCCAGAAUCUAAUCGACAAGGAGCUAUCAGAACCCUACUCCAUUUACACCUAUCGCUAUUUUGUCUACAACUGGCCGGAUCUUUGCUUCUUUGCGCUAGAUGGAGAUCGCUAUGUGGGUGUUAUAGUAUGCAAGUUGGAAACGGUGAUAGAAGGAGUUCUUCAGGGUUACAUCGCCAUGCUGGCGGUGAAUGUGGAGUACAGAAAGCGCGGAAUCGGGAAGGCUCUCUCGGAAAUGGCCAUCGAGGCCAUGGCAAUAAAAAACGCGGCCGUGAUCGUCCUAGAAACGGAGUUGACCAACAAAGCGGCGUUGGCUCUCUACCAAAGUCUGGGAUUCAUUCGGGAGCAACGGCUACUGCGCUAUUACGUAAGCGGUGUUGAUGCCUUCCGUCUGAAACUGAUUCUCAAAGACUCCGCCAUUUGGCUUACAACCGAGGAUUAGUAUAGUAUGGUUAAAUAUAUUGGUUAAUGACUGCUUCUGA